CGGCGCCGUGGGACUUCAUCUUGUGCAUCGAUGAGUUCGUGCCAGGCAAUAUCUUGCGGCAGUAUAACAGACGCAAUACGCUCUCGUUUUACGGGGGCUUCCGCUCCUUCGGCCCUGACGCGGUGUCGAGCGAGGGCGCUUGGUUGCCUCUCGCUUUUGUUCGCCGCGCAGUGGUCGAUAAGGUUGCUGGCGAGAUGUCUGGAGUCGUUCGCCAACUGUUGCGACGGCUUUUUAUUGGCCCAGACAGCGCGUCGCAAAGGGGCAUCCUCAUUGAUGGCACUGGGCCUGGCGGCGCCCCUGCGCUCAUCUUCUUUAAGCUGUCGAACCUGCUUUGCGACGAAGAUGGCGCUGAAAAUGCCUUGUGCUUGAAGGGCGCCGCUGGCGUAAUUCCUUGCGCUCUGUGCAAGGAUGUGCACGGCAUCUACGACCGCUCGGAGCCCCUGCUGUCAGCGCGUGACAGGGCGAGCACGCUGGUGCCCAUUUCGUGCUCUGAUCCCAACCUGUUCGACGCGCGCGCCGCGGAGGACCUGUUCUUCUCCGCGGACCCGCCCCAGCGUCUGCAAGCCACGCUGCCCAAGGGCGCGUUCGAGGAGCAAUGCAAGAUGCGCGGCGUUAAUCACGUGCCAGAUGGUUUGCUAUUGGACGCUGAGCUUCGCCAGCACGUGUCGCUGGACACGCGCGCGUACGACCCAGCACACUGCAUGAUCAUAAAUGGGAUCGCUCAGGUUGAACUGAGUGAGUUUCUGCGCCGCCUCGCUGCCGUCGGCCUGACCGGCAUGCUGGACGCCAGCGGGCUUUUCAGCGACCAGCGGCAAAAGCACUUGCAUACCAGCAAGAAAUACAGCGCCAAGGCGAGCGAGAUCAUCGCGGCCGUUCCGCUCAUUCGGUACGCUCUCGAUGUACUUACCGCUGGGUCCGCUCAGUUCAAGUUGGACUUUGCAAAGGAACUGGCUUCCUUUGCCGCGCUGGCCAAAUCAAUUUCUCUGUAUUUGCUGGCCAAGAGGGGCGCGGCUGUGGCAGAUGCUGGGGCCGUGGCGCUCCGCGACCACGCCGUGGCUUUCGAGUCUGCGCACGGUGAUUGCGGCAUGCACAUCCCAAAGCUUCAUUUCUGCAGGCGCCGGCCGCGACAGGUGCUCAGGGGUGGGUUCGCACUUGAUACGCUUGUGGCGGAGAGAUACUAUAAAAAGCCACUGUUGAUCGCUGAAUGCAUCGACAACGCGCGGUGCUUCGAGAAACCACUACUGAUACGAGCUAUUGCCCUUCAGUGCCACGAUGCGCAACUUAAUGUUUCAGGUGGGAAUGCCUUGGUGGGCGGCAUCAAAUGCAACGACGUCAUGGACGUUUCGAAGGUCGUUCUUGUGGGUGGCUCUCGCAUAUCAGCUGGAGAUAUUCUGCGUAUUGGUGAGAAGCGCUAUUUUAUCCUCGGUGGUGCCGAGGAAGGCGGCAACGUGGCGUUGAUUGUUCACGAGUUGCAUUUUAUUUGCCAGGUGUUGCCCAGCGCCUCACGGUGGCGAAAGGGCGACGCCCCGAAGUUCGCGCAGUGCGACUCCUUCAUGGCGCAGCCUCUCUGGACACAAGAGGCUUCUGGAACGCUGUUAUUGGUGGGUAUGGCAUAA